GGAGAUUUCUCUUCUUUUUCUAUUCGAGGCUGAGAAUACCUGUGAGAGUAUACCGCUACUGCCGAUUCAGCUGCUAUAUACUCGGAUCCUGUAUUCCAGUUUCCGCCUAGCAAACACCGGUUCAAAUCUAUGCAAAAAACCACCCCGCAUUCAAGUGCAUACAUACUGGGAUAUCUACCCCUCGCUCCCAGCUUUUUUGCUACCGUUCUUUGUGGAAACUCUCUUUUUCAAUUUUUAUUUUUAAUACGAUAGCUAUUGUACGCCUUCAGCCAGUUCUUCAAUAUGGCCCCCCGAGGACGUGGAGGAAAAUUCAGUAAACCAACUCGAGGAGGAGGCAAACACUUCAGCCGUAAUCUUCAACCUUUAGACAAAGAUGGAAAUCCUCUUGGCAUGUGGCGGGACCCGGAUGAUGUCGUAGAUGAAUCAGAAGAGGAUUCAGAAGAAGGUUCCGAGGAGGAGGAGUCUGAGGGAGAGUCUGAGGGGGAGUCGGGUCGCGGCCAGUCUUCAUCCACGCAAGAGAUGACCCGCGAGGAACGCAAAGCCGCCGCAAAAGCCAGAAAGGAAGCUGCCAUUGCCAAAAAGAACAAGGUCGCCCCGGGUGACCUGCCCCCAUCCGAUGACGAAGAUGAAGACGAUGACGACAUGCCCGCUAAUCCCAAUCAUACCGCCAAAUCACGCUCUCAAGCCGCGAAGGGACCCGCACUAGCCAAUGGGGACACCGCAUCCGCCGAUGCAAAAUCCGGUGAUAUGUCACAGCUCUCUCGCCGGGAGAGGGAAGCUAUCCAUGCGCAGCAGGCGCGCGAGCGGUACAUGAAACUGCACGCCGAAGGCAAGACUGAGGAGGCCCGCGCCGACCUCGCCCGCCUGGCGCUUGUCAAAGAACGCCGUGAGGCGGAGAAGGCGCGCAAGGAGGCUGAAAAGGAGGAGAGGGAGGAACGAGAGCGUGAAAAGGCCGAGGCGAAGGAGAGGGAAACGAAGUUGCGGUCUGCGGCGCUGGGACCUGCGGGGAAGGGAAAGAAAGGAUCGCCAAAGAAGAAGGAAUGAUAUAUGUGAUUGUCUCGUGCUUCUUUAUAUACAUAUAUCGUAUGCCAUUUUGCAUGGUUGCCGUGAGGGGCAUUUUAUGACGCAUCUUGCAUCCUUGAUCUAGCUUGUUGAUCGCUUGUUCCUUCAAUUAUUCUCUCUUUCCGGCAUUUUGCUUUCGUUAUUUCAAAUAUGGAACACAAAUUUUAAUGGAAAACCUUUCUUCCCAUUGUUUACUUGGAAGUUGGUUCGCCAUCUCAAUCCUCCCAGGCACUGUCUUACUGUUGCCUUUUAAAUGGCUGAUCUUGGUUUCAUGUUUUUUUAAAAUUUUUUAUUAUUGUUGAAGCUACUUUAUGUAGUUAUCGUGGCAGACGGAUUACUUGAAAAAACAAAAAUGCUGCCAGACCACGGGAAAAUAUAAAAAUUUCCACCCGGAUAGAUUGCUAUGCUAGAGUAUGAAAACAUCAUAUAUUAUGAAACAACUCCACCAAUACUUAAUAUUUUAAAAUAAAUCUGAAUAUAUAGUAAAGGGGAAUAUAGUAUCCAAGAC